CAAAGAGGCGCGCCGGAAGUGGGCCCGAGGGGGAGCCUGCGGAGUGACCGGCCGCCCCUCACCCUCCCGUUCCCUCACCCCGCCAUGGCUGGCUUCGGGGCCCUGGGCCUGGCGCCUUGGCUGGUGGAGCAAUGUCAGCAGCUGGGGCUGCGGCAGCCCACCCCCGUGCAGCAGAGUUGCGUUCCCGCCAUCUUGGAGGGGCGGGACUGCAUGGGCUGUGCGAAGACGGGCAGCGGCAAGACGGCAGCGUUUGUCUUGCCCAUCCUUCAGAAGCUCUCCGAGGAUCCCUACGGGAUCUUCUGCCUCGUGCUGACGCCGACCAGGGAGCUGGCCUAUCAGAUCGCCGAGCAGUUCCGAGUCCUGGGGAAGCCUCUCGGUCUGAAGGACUGCAUCGUGGUCGGUGGGAUGGACAUGGUGACCCAGGCCCUGGACCUGUCCCGCAAGCCGCACGUGGUCAUCGCCACCCCGGGGCGCCUGGCUGAUCACCUUCGCAGCUCCAGCACCUUCAGCAUCAAGAAGAUCCGCUUCCUGGUGAUGGAUGAGGCGGACCGGCUGCUGGAGCAGGGCUGCACGGACUUCACCAAGGACCUGGAGGUGAUCCUGGGUGCCGUGCCGGCCCGGAGGCAGACGCUGCUGUUCAGCGCCACGCUAACCGACACGUUGAAGGAGCUCCAGGGCGUUGCCAUGAACAAGCCCUUCUUCUGGGAAGCCCAGAGCCAGUUUCCCCCGGAACGGGGAGCGGCCAACUUCGGGGGUCUCCGCCGCGCCCCGCCCGCCGCGGUCUUUGUCUCCCGGGCCGGCGCUACCCGCCGCCGCCGCCGCCGCCUCCUUCUGCCGUCGCCGUUGCCGCCGCCGCCGCCGCCGCCGCCUCCUGCCCCAUAG